CUGAGGUUGGAGAUCCUCUGAUUGAAGAGUGGGGGAGGAGGGGAAAUCUGUACCCUCUGGAUGGAUGCCCCAGAAUGCUGAAAAGGAUCCUUCCCAUGGGCAUCCCUGGACCCUCCCAUGAGGAUAAUAUUAGUUCCUCCAGGGGCAUUUUGAUUGGGCCUACUGUCUGAAUGUGGUUGACUGGUUCUUGAAGCAGACAGCAUUGCCAAGGUUCAUCAUCAAAUCACUCCUACUGAGUUAUAAUCUGAUGUUUUUACAACAGGCAGUUCAUCCUUUUAGUUUCCUGUCCCCUUUUCCAGUAGUGUCACUGGCCAGCGAAGCUGUCAAUGCUGUCAUGCUAUGAUGCUAGCCUGGGGUGGCCUUAAUUAGUUCUUGUCCAAAGCUUGAUGCACCGAGCUGUACUUAUUAAGGCAUGAUGUAAAUUGACAAAGAAGUCAGACACUGACUGGAGACUCAGGAAUACUGAAGGAUGCUUCAUUUGUUCCUUGCUUUAUCCCGAUUCUUCUUCCUUUCCUUGAUUUGGUUCAAGAAAGUUUGGAAAGAAGGAUGAGGAUGAGAAUGAGGAUGUAGCCUCUCCAGAAAUGCUGUUAGCAUCAUGGGAUAUUAACCAUUUCUUCAGUUCAGAUCUGAGGCAAUGACAGUGCCCAGAAGUGAAAACAGCGCUCUGGAUGUGGUCUGACCAGGAGAAGAAGACAAUGGAAGCAACCCCUCCCUCGUUCUGGACCUUUUGCCUCUUCGGGAGCAGCUUGAGAUUGCAUUAGCUCUUUUGGCUAACCCACGCCAUUGUUGAUGUAUGUUGAGUUUAUGCUCCCUAAACUCCUCCCCUGCCCAUCCACAGCCAUUUUUUUUCCCUGAGGAAUUCUGUCUCACCAUGCCUCCCCUAUCUUACUCACUGAUUGCAUGGCAUAUUUUUGGACCUGUUCACAGAAAAGAAGCCCUGCUCUAAGACCUCUUCAUGGAUGAAGCAAACCUCACAUCACUUGUCCCUGAAAUACCAGGGAAUGCUUCCAACAGGAACACUUCCACGGGAGAUGUGGAUCGGAAAAUCCCAAUUGUACACUGGGUCAUUAUGAGCAUCUCCCCACUGGGCUUUGUUGAGAAUGGAAUUCUCCUGUGGUUUCUCUGUUUUCGGAUGAGGAGAAACCCUUUCACAGUCUAUAUCACCCACCUGUCCAUUGCUGACAUCUCUCUGCUCUUUUGUAUCUUUAUUUUGUCAGUUGACUAUGCUCUAGAUUAUGAGCUCUCUUCUGGGUAUUAUUACACCACUGUCACAUUAUCGGUGACCUUUCUGUUUGGCUACAACACUGGCCUCUACCUCCUGACAGCCAUUAGUGUAGAGCGUUGUCUCUCAGUCCUGUACCCCAUCUGGUACCGAUGUCACCGCCCUAAACAUCAGUCUGCUUGUGUCUGUGGCCUGCUCUGGGCUCUUUCGUGCUUGGUGACCACCAUGGAGCACGUCAUGUGCAUAGACAUUGGAAGAAAGGGACACUCCCAGAGUGACUGCAGGGCAGUGAUUAUUUUCAUCUCUAUCCUGAGCUUCCUUGUGUUCACGCCUCUCAUGGUGGUAUCUAGCGUGAUCCUGGUGGUGAAGAUACGAAGGAAUAGCUGGACUUCUCAUUCAUCCAAGCUCUACCUUGUCAUCAUGGUCACCAUCAUUGUAUUCCUCAUUUUUGCCAUGCCCAUGAGACUUCUUUACCUGUUGUAUUAUGAAUACUGGCCGACAUUUGGGAACAUGCACCACAUUUCCCUUCUCUUUUCUACCAUCAACAGCAGUGCAAACCCUUUCAUUUACUUCUUUGUGGGCAGCAGUAAGAAGAAACCAUUCAAGGAAUCUUUAAAGGUAGUCCUGAACAGGGCUUUCAAAGAUGAGAUGCAACUCAGACGCCAGGAAGACAACCCCAACGCUGUCGCUGUUGAGACUGUGGUCUGAAGCUCAGGGAUUUCAUGGGCAUUUAUGCUGUUCGAAACUACUGACGGGGAGUCCGACAUUUCCUAGACAAUCCCUGGAAUGUACUUUUAGCCCAUUCUAAGUAUGGUAUAGCAGGCAUGCUUACCAUACACAGGUAUAUGCCUGGAUUGUACCCUUGACACAUGGCUUCUGGAACUGCCUACACCUAUGUCAUGCCUCUACUAACUUUGUACCCAUCACAACACCUUUUUCUCUUCCCUCUAAGGUUUUGUGACAACAUUACCCCAAGGAACUAUGAAAAAGACUUUCAGGUGAAAGAUUUACAAAUAUUUCCAGAAAAAUAACACAAGAUUUGUUGGAACUUGGAUUCUUUUAAAAUAGUUUCAUCAUGUACAGAUUCUUUAUUGUUUUAAAGGUUUUAUCUAAAAUACAUUUUUUUCCUCAUAGCACUUAAAUGCAAUGGAGAAAAAUAUCUCUAUUGAAAUCAUGUGCAGCUUCUGCAGCCUUGAACUGGUAACUCCUAAUAUGUUAGGCAAUAAUCUUAGGGCAGCAUGAUGUAAUAGAUUAAUGGAUGGCCUUCAGGUUGAGAAAGCCUGGGUUUAAGUCCUAUCCCUGAUAUAUUCUAGUUGUAUGAACAUGGACAAAUCAACUUAACCUCUCAGUGUCCCAGGCAAUCGUCUAAGACUAUAAGUUACAAAUGAGUUGUUGAUCUGUGCCGAUGGAAGGACUUUCCACACUGGGAGUUUUCCACAAUGAUAAGAUUGGGGGGAUAUUUGGGGUGUGUACCCCCCAAAUUACUUUAGGAGGAGGAAGAAGACAGAAUCUUACGGCUUUCUUUGGAAGAAAUCUUGAUGUAAAGAAUUGUCUAUAUUUUUGAGUCCUUUGUAUUGUAUAUAAACACUGAUGAGCAGAACUGGAUCCAUCCAUCUGUGGUGGUGAAUCAACUUCUGGUGUCUUGCCCCUGUGAAAUGGCUUUUUAUUUGUUGAAAUAGACUUUUCUCUCAAAGCCAGUUUCCCUUGAGCUCUACCUCUCCAUUUAGGACAUUUCCUUGCUGUCUCUUCUGGAAGAAGUCAUGUGGUAGGGGAGGGUACAUGCAAAAGUCAUGGGAAAAUGAUGUUGGUUGGUCAGAAAAUAGGAUACUUUUCUCAAGAUGAGUCUCUGCACAACUUCUCCAGCAUUGUUGCCCACUCCCCACUCUUCUGCACCAUUCAUCUGCAAGGAUAUAGGACCACUUCAGGACUGUCUGCACUAUCUUGAACUGCACGUCCUUGUUAUUAGUUGUAAUGUGUGAAAUGUGCUAAUUUUGAGACUCCAUACUAUGUUAACUUGCCUUCUGUCCCCUUUCCAAGAGCCUCCAAGAGAUAGAGGAUGUGAAGUGGCUCUUUGGUAGAGUAAAAUAUCUAAAUUCCCAAAUGAGACCUUUUAAUAUUUAUUUUAAUUGCAUGUGCCUAAAAGAAUUGGAGAAGCAAUGAUUAAGGGGCCUUUUAUUAUGGUCUAUCUUCUCCAAGAAAACAUCCCUUUCAUUUCUCCAAGAAAACAAGGUUGGUUCUUUCCAGCAGGGCAGCCUCACUGGGGUAAGCCAGAAUCUCUCCUGCAGUGCCUAGCCUCAUCCCAACUGCCAACAAAGUUCAGAUCCAAGGCUCUUAACAGUGAGUGACAACAUCUGAUUCACAGAAAAGGCAGCUUGAUUCCUAGAGCCCAGAUGGGGCGUGCGGUGGUGACAUUUAGAAUGGACUUGUUUUUGAGGGAAAACAUGGCAUCUUCACAGAAAAAGUGCAGAAUAAAUAAUGGAGAACUGGGGAACUGUUUUCUCACUCCCACCAAAUCAUAGAAGACAGCAUUAGCUUCAAAGCAGAAUGGUUCAAAGCUAUCUUUUCUAAAAGGGGUUUUGGGGCUUCUUGAAAUAUUUUUAACCAAGGGAAAUUUGGAAAUGUUAGGCCUACACUUAAUUCUGUUCUUCAAAUAAGGCAAAGUUGAAUGUAAUUGUGAACAGAAAUAUCUUUAUAACUAUUUUGACAGUACUGCUAUAAAGAACUGGAAUCCAAAUUUCAGAAUAAUCCUUCAGUAUUGAGAAAUCAAUUUAUUUUCCUUCUUUCUCAUAUCUCCUUUUAUCCCAUCCUAGAGUGUGCUGGUAAAUACUUUAGCUAUAGCACAGGGUGUGUGUGUGUGAUAUGUACACAGGACACUCGUUUCAGUUUAAUAUGUUUUAUUAA